CAUCGAGGGUGGACACACCGCUUCGCCGAGCGCCGAUUGGCCAGAACUGCAGUCAGUCAACAGGAUCAGCCUUGCCUCAUCUCCAUCUACCCAGGAGCGUGUUUAAAUUUUUCGAGAAUUUCCUGGAGAUGAGGCGGAGGCUGCUUUAGUUGCUUGCUGUGGAGAUCGGAGUCAACGGGGAAGGCAGUCUUAUUUACCGGCCAAGAGAACCCCCUCCCCGCCCUCCGAUAGCUUAAUUUAAAAAUCCUGGGAAUACAGCCACCACUAGAGUGUCUCCCUGAGUUGGCUGGAGAGGCCUUAAUCUUGUGAUCCAGUAGCCUCAGCCUCCAGAGAGGUGCAGUUACAGUUGUAUUAUUUCUUUUGAAGACAUUUCAUUAUUGUUCAUUGACUUUUCCCUCAUUACUGAGGCCUUUGGAGUGGAGUUAUGUCAGCUGCAGCCUUGAUUACUUUGGUUAGAAGUGGUGGGAACCAGGUGAGAAGGAGAGUACUGCUAAGCUCUCGCUUGCUUCAGGAUGACAGGCGGGUGACUCCUGUGUGCCACAGCUCCACCUCAGAGUCUAGAUGUUCUCGGUAUGACCCUGAUGGUAGUGGGCGUCCAGCCACCUGGGAUAAUUUUGGGAUUUGGGAUAACCGCCUUGAUGAGCCAAUUCUACUGCCACCCAGCAUUAAGUAUGGCAAGCCAAUUCCCAAAAUCAGCCUGGAAAAGGUGGGCUGUGCCUCCCAUAUUGGCAAACGGAAAGAUAACGAAGAUCGAUUUGACUUUGCUCAGCUGACAGAGGAGGUCCUGUACUUUGCAGUGUAUGAUGGACAUGGGGGACCUGCAGCUGCAGAUUUCUGCCACACCCACAUGGAGAAAUGUAUUAUGGAUUUGCUUCCUAAAGAGAAGAACUUGGAAACUGUGUUGACCUUGGCUUUUCUAGAAAUAGAUAAAGCCUUUGCAAAUCAUGCCCACCUGUCUGCUGAUGCAACCCUCCUGACCUCUGGGACUACUGCAACAGUAGCCCUGUUGCGAGAUGGCAUUGAACUGGUUGUAGCCAGUGUUGGGGACAGCAGAGCUCUUCUGUGUAGAAAAGGAAAACCUAUGAAGCUGACCAUUGACCAUACUCCGGAAAGAAAAGAUGAAAAAGAAAGGAUCAAGAAAUGUGGUGGCUUUGUAGCUUGGAAUAGUGUGGGACAGCCUCAUGUGAAUGGGAGGCUUGCAAUGACAAGGAGUAUUGGAGAUUUGGACCUGAAAGCCAGUGGUGUGAUAGCAGAACCUGAAACAAAGAGGAUUAAGCUACAUCAUGCUGAUGACAGUUUCUUAGUCCUCACCACAGAUGGAAUUAACUUCAUGGUGAACAGUCAAGAGAUUUGUGACUUUGUCAAUCAGUGCCAUGAUCCUACUGAAGCAGCUCGCGCAGUAACUGAACAGGCAAUACAGUAUGGCACCGAAGACAACAGUACUGCAGUAGUGGUGCCUUUUGGCGCCUGGGGAAAAUACAAGAACUCCAAAAUCAACUUCUCAUUCAGCAGAAGCUUUGCCUCCAGUGGCCGAUGGGCCUGAUGGCUGGCCUGGAGCUGGAGUUUUCUGUGCAACAGUGUUUGCUGAAUUCGUCAAGACACUGAUAGAUCAAAAGAUUCACCUGUGCCAGUGUGACCCUGUGACUGAUUAGUUCAGUACUCAAGUCAGUGUCAAUAACCAUAUAUUUACCUAACAACUUUCUUAUAAAUACUGUACUCAUUCUAUUUAUGUUCAUCCAUCCAUGCUUAGUAUAAAUACAUGUGCAAUGAAGCUAUUGUGAGUCUCUGAGUGGACAAAUGAGGAUGGUUUUGGUAUACUUGAUGUUUGUUUUGUUUUUGUGGUGCUGGAGAUUGAGCCCAGGAGUUUUCAUAUGAAUUUCUAAUUUUUAAGACUCCUAAACAACUGUGGUUUCUUCUGAUAAUUUUUGGGUUUUACUCAUUUAAACAAGUUCUUCAAGUUUUUCUGAAUUUUGGCAGCAAUUCAAUAUGUUAUCUACACAUGUCUUCCUUCCUUCCUUCCUUCCUUUCUUCUUUCCUCACCUUUCUUUCAUUUUUCUCCCUCUCUUCCUUCUUCCCUUCUCCUUUUUGUGAGAGGGUAUCUCAUUGUAUUGCCCAAGUUGGCCCUGAAUUCCUGACCUCAGGCAAUCCCCCUGCCUCAUCCUCCCAAACAACUGGGACUACACAGGGGCACUAUGCCUUGCUUACAAGUGUUUAUAAUUAAUAACUGUGCCAAGGAGUAAAUGUGAAAACUGGGUUUUUGUUACCACAUUUUGUGUUCUGGGCCACUUCCUGGUAAAUGUAACCAUGCAAAAGAAAUUCAGAUAAUAGACCAUUGCUAAAUUGUAUACAUAUUUAUAGACAGCAUACUUGUGUAUUUCAACUAUUACCAGGACCCUUUCCAUUUAUUUCUAUUUUUCUGUAGUUAAGUAUGGUCUAUAGAUGUGACUAUUCCUUAAUAUCAGAAAAGAAUGUGUGGGAUAAGGGUCUUUUGGUCAGAACAAUACAAAGUUAUGUAUUUUGUAUAAAAUUUUCAUUUGUUGUCUCUAAAUCUUGUUUGUAUGUAAUAUGUUCAUAUCACUUUUUGUAUAGAGUAAGCAAGUUGGAUAAUUUGUUAGUAAUAAUAAUACCACAUGGAGUGAUGCUGAUGUAGACAGCUUGAGGUUUAUGUCUCUGUUUUGCUCAUUUCUAAGACUAUGAGAAAUAAUAAGUCUAAAACAUGCUAAAACAUUCUGUUUCUCAGCUGGCUAUGUAAAUUAGGAAUGUAAGAUGAUACUUCUUUUCACUUGCAUGAAGGUUUGUUGUUCAACUGUGAGUCUGUAAAUGUGUGGUUGGAAUUACAUCUGCAGUUAAUUUUCAGACUAUGUAAAUUUGUUAUGUAUGUGGUAUGUGUAUAUAUGUAUAUUUUGAAGUAAUAUAAAAUUAAAGGGAACAAUCUUGUAUAGGUAAUUCAUCAGUUAACUUUAAAUUAUUGAUAUAUUUGUCUCUAAAGAUGCUUGACAAAGUGAGGGCAGUUUUCCUGUAAUGGAGAAUCUAGUUAUUGGCAGAUAAGGAAGUAGAUUAAGAAUGGCUGUAGGAAACAUUUUCUGUUGGGUAAUUUAUCUGGAUAAUCCAGGGACAGAGCCAGCAUGUUGAACUACAUUGCUGUGUGGUACUUUGAACACAAAAUGAGAUUUGAGAAUACUGAAUGUUAAGUAUGACAUGGAAACAAAAGAAAAAGAAACCAAAAAAGAAAAAAAAGGUUGAUGUAUAUAACUUUAACUGUCAGUUUUCAGGACUGAUUUUUUUAAAAAAAAAUUUUAAGCUUUACUUAAAGAUUUUUAGAAGAAAGAGGGCCAAGUGUAAAUAUUCACAUCUCACUUUUGAGGGAACAGAAGAAAAUGAAUCUUGAAUUCUCUUACCUAUAUUAAUCAGGAAUUGUCUUUCGAGAAACAGGGCUAACUAAAUAUUUCAGGGUUUUUUUCAAGUAAAUUAGUGCAAAAAGGACAGCAUUACAGGAAAGAAUAUAGUCUGCUGUUCUUUGAGCAGAGAGGAACCAAAAAAUAGACUAGCAGAGUUGGGAAACUUUCUUGCUUUUUCUGAGUCAGGUCUUGGAACAGAGAUAUUUUUACAUUUAGGAACAAGCAGAAUUUCCAAACGAAUAGGUAAAACAAAACCUCAUAAAACAAAACUAAUAGGUAAAGCACAAAAAUGACACUCUAAAGGUCCAGAUUUCAUUUUGUUUUGAAUUCUUCACAUUAUUAGUCCUCUCUUUGUUAAAUUUAAAAACUAAAAGAGAGUGAUGUUGUCAAGUUCAAAUGCCUGAAAGUCAUUGGCAGAAGGAGGUAAGUUGCCAGGUUUGACAAAGAGGAAUUUGUACGAUAGUGGCCUUGGGUGCACUUGGCUGUUUUACCUGGAAAAAUUUUAAAACCCUAAGCCAGUCAUCCUCGACUAAGCAUAAAAUAUACUGGUAUUUAUAUUUUUCAAGCACAAUAUUAAAAUACAUUUAAAAUGUAGAUUAUUAUAUAAUCCAUAAAAGAAAAACAUGUAUUAGGCCUCUAAAGCUUGUUACAAGAAAUCAUGCAAAUACUAGUAAAAAAGGGAACUGUUCUAAAUAUAGUUUUUAAGUUAUAACUGUGAAUUUGUCAUGUGGGUAUAGAUAUGGUGUAAAUUAAAUAAUACAAUAAAACAUAUCAAUCAUAUGUUUGCCUUUUCUGUGUUGCUUUUUCUGUAUUGUCAGAGUAUUUGCCAAAAUUUAUUUGGUGAAAUAUUCUUAAAUUAUUUUGAUAUUUUGUAAGCAUAAGCUCUUAGUACCCCAAAUAUUCAAAAGUAAAUGCUGUUAUCUCCAUCAACUAUUUAUUAAAGAUCUUUGAGUUUCUUAAGUG